UGGCAACAUGGAGAGCAGCAUGUCAGCUUUUGCCUAUUACCAGUCAGUCAAGCAAAAAGCGGCGUUAAUGCAGGUCUGUCCAUCCGUCAAGAGGACGAGAAAAAGAAAAGAGACUGUCUUAGCGCUAUUGGAGAAAAAUGGGAAAAAAAUCAAAAGUAAGCAUACUGCUCGCAGAAGAGCAAACAAGGAGGAGAAUCAGGAAGGACCCGUCACUGAAGAGCCGUGCCUGUCGAACGGGACCGAGCGUGUAGGUGGCGAGACCCUGCACGUGCUCCUUACUGACCUGGUUAAGGUCAGCAACAGCAGAGACAGGGCCAGCAAGCUGUUUCAGUGGCUCCUCUGUCCCGUUCUGUCCAAAACGUUUUUCAGAGCGCACUGGGAGAAGAAGCCCCUCCUGAUCAGGCGCCAGAAUCCGGAUUAUUACAAGGGACUGUUCUCGACGGCUGAGUUUGACCGCAUUUUGAGAAACGACGACGUCCAGUAUGGGGUGAAUCUCGAUGUUACAAGCUACGCAAAUGGCAGAAGAGAGACACACACUCCUCCAGGGAGGGCGCUGCCUUAUACAGUGUGGGAUUUCUACGAGAGUGGGUGCUCGCUGAGGAUGCUCAACCCUCAGGCUUUUUCUUCCACGGUCUGGAACGUUCUCUCCAUUCUGCAGGAAAUAUUCAGCAGCAUGGCAGGAGCCAAUGUGUAUCUGACUCCGGCAGGAACACAGGGAUUUGCCCCUCAUUACGAUGACAUAGAAGCAUUUAUUGUGCAGUUGGAAGGGAAGAAGCACUGGAGAGUGUAUAACCCACUGUCUGAAGAUGAAAAGUUGCCUCUUGUGCCAAGUCCUAAUUUCAGUCAGGCUGACAUUGGGAAGCCUAUAAUGGACGUUGUACUGGAGGCAGGGGACCUGCUCUACCUGCCUCGUGGAAUCAUUCACCAGGGAAACUGUCUCCCCGACGCCCACUCCCUGCACAUCACCAUCUCCUCCUUUCAGAGAAACAGCUGGGGAGACCUGCUCCUCAAGGUCAUGCCAGCAGCUUUGGAGACAGCAAUGGAGGAAGAUGUGGAGUUCAGGAAGGGGCUGCCCAUAGAUUACCUCACUUUCAUGGGAGUGCAGAACUCUGACAAGGAGGAUCCACGCAGGGACAAAUUUUUGUCCCACAUUCAGGGUUUGAUGAAGAAGCUUGUGUCCUAUGCUCCAGUAGAUGCUGCUGUGGACCAGAAGGCAAAGGAGUUCCUGCAUGACUGCCUGCCACCUCUGCUAACUCCAGAGGAGAAGGCCAGCAGCGUGUGGGGGGCACCUGUGAGAUGGGACGAUGGAGAGACAGUAGACAUGGCUGUACAUAUAAAGACGCAGACCAAAAUCCGCCUCCUCCGCGGAGGAGCGGCUAGACUGUGCAGUGAUGGCGAAGCUGUCUGCCUUUUCUACACCACCGAGAACUCCAGGGUUUACCACAAAGACGAGCCCAAGAGCAUAGAGAUCAAAGUGGAGCACACAGACGCUGUGGAGUUUCUGAUUCACACAUACCCAGAGUUCGUCCCUGUUUGCAGUUUACCAUGUGAGACAGCUGAGGACAAGGUAUCUUUGGCAGAGCUGCUGUUUGAGAAAGGAGUAAUCCACACAUCCGAACCUUUGAUGUCAAAGUGAAAGGAUCAUUUGUUGACUCCAGACGACGUAUACCAAGCACAGGAACAGUCUUUGUUGUACCUUUAUUUUCCAUGGAAACUAAUUUCAUGUAGGAAAAAAAAGAAUAAAUCAGUAGUGUAUUUGAAGCACAACUCUCAAAUAUCCAGAACCUUUGCAGUAAAUGAUUUCCCUUAAAGUUUGAGCUUAGCGUGAUGGCUGUUGAUUAGCGUCAUGCUGUUUUUAAUGGUCGUCGUUUCUAACAAGGUUGGCAGAACUGAUGUGAAGCACCAUGCUGCUACAUCUCUCCUUUAUGAAGAACCCUCAGCCUAGUAAAAAUGAAAUGGAAGGUCAGUGCUUUACAAAAAAAAAAAAAAA